AUGCGCUUAAACAUUUACCUAUGUGCUUCCAGGUGGAAACAAUACGGUGAUCUGAUUCCUUACCACUUGGAACAGCAAGAGUACAGGGCAAAUCUGACGAAUCUGUCUGAAACGCUGAUCUAUUCGGUUCGCGUUUAUGUCGUAAAUUUGGUCGGCGAAGUGGUUGCUGUCAGCGAUGAGUUCAGUGUUGGAAGUUCAGAGAGUUCUGUAUCAUGCGCAGGUACGUCCGGUAUACCGAGAAACAUCAAGACGUACGUCAAGACGAAAACCAGCGUUAUCAUUACAUGGGAUCAUCCGGUUUGUGACGAGUCAUACGGACCGAUCGAGGGCUAUGAAUACGUGAUUUGGCGACCCAAUCUUGGAGAAGUGUCUGACCACAAACCACCGUCCUUCACAUCUUCUAACAGAGUGACCAUUGAUCAUCUUAACGCCGGCGAGAAGUUUCAGUUCAAAGUGAGGUCAAGGUCCCGGUUCGGUUAUAGUCCAUGGUCGACCGUUUUCCACGGUGCAACCAAGGAGUUGUCGUCAAGAGAAGAAGGAAACAUCUACAACUUGCGCAUCAUUUUGUCGACACCGAAGUCAUAUCUUGUCUGGACCCCGCUUCCAGAACACAAGGGUCAUGUGAAUCUCGUCAGACUGUCGUACAAAGUGAGCACCAUCGAUCAGUGGCAAAAAGUUGAGGACGUGCCGGAAAAGUUUCGCUGUCCAGAGGAAAUCAAUGCAGGCGCCGAUGAUUAUUGUUUCGACCUGUCAUAUCUGCAGUUUGGUAUUCAGUACACGGCUGACGUCAUUUACCGACUGAGCAAUGGUCAGUGGUCGAAGAAAGGAAAUCCUCUAUUUUUCAUUCUCGUGGAAGCUGUGAUCACCAACGUUCCCGGCCUGAUUAAAAUACCCGAGGCCCCUGCGCGUUUGACCGUUCGAAUGAUUUCCGAUAGAACUGCAGAAGUUUCAUGGUUGCCGCCGCUGUCUGACGUGAAAAUCGACGAAUAUGUGAUAACCUUUAUUAUACUGAAUUCAAAGAACGCACAGGCGGUGCCCGGCAAACAAGUAACUUUCAAGACCCCUGGAAACGUGUAUACGUAUGCAAUGGACCAACUGCUGCCAAACACGGUGUACAAUGUUUCGGUUACGGCGCACAGCGGAAAUUAUAUCGGUCCAUGUAUAUGGGAAAUAUUUGGAAAAAGCGGAACUUUUACGAUCAGCUGGGAAGUGACUGACCCUGCGCCAAACCUGUGCUGCUAUCAGGUUGACGCAAGGAGUGACAAGGACCAAGACUGGCAUCCUGUUUCAAGUCCGGUGAAUCACGUGCCUAACCAAUAUAGCUAUUCGACCGAUCUGGUUGGAUUGGAACCGAAUACCUAUUACCACAUUCGGAUUCGUGCCAUAAGCUUUGAAAAUUACGCAACAGUGUUUACCAGUCCAUCCGUCGGUCUGACUUCUCAGUGCCAAGCACCCACUGCGCCACCAAGUGACAUCGUACUUAAUAGCGUCGACUCGAAAACAGUCCUAAUGAGCUGGAACCACCCCGCUAAAGCGACUUGGGGAUGCUCUGACAUAUUUUAUAACGUUGAGGGUUUCGCCAAUUCAGAGCCCCAAAGCUUUCAUGUUCAGACCGAUCUUCGUGGCUUCAGGGUAGAACACAGAAUAGCGACAAAACCUGGUACUCACUGGCGACUGAGGGUACAAACGGCGAACAUGAACGGCGUUUCGCCGUGGUCAGCGGACUACGAGACCCGCACCGAGCCGGAUGUGUACAUUUCCACACCAACCAUCAGUUAUCCCGGAAACCGCGUGCAGGUCGACUGGCGUUCGCAGAGCGCCGGCAUCGAUAACGUCGUCGCGUAUAUCGUUGAGUACCGGGACCCGUCGACGAUGCAGUGGCGCGAAACAGGGGUGCCGAUAGUAUACCGCGGCGACAACCUGUUGUACACGGCUUUACUUGACGACUUGCGCAUCACGGCCGCCGUCGCCAUUCGAGUCAAGGUGCUGGAUCGCAACCGAAAUACGUUGUACGUCAGCCCUGAAGUGUCUGCACAGUUGAGGUGUUUGGCACCUGUCAGGCCUCCUACGGCUUUAACGCUGUCGACGCCCGAUUCAAGGCAUGUCAGGGUGCUGUGGCAACCACCGCCAAAAGAUAGUUGGAUGUGCAAUGAGAUAUCGUACGAACUUGAGUCGUUGGAGCCGACAAGAAACUCUUACCCUUUACCUGGCGAAACGACCAGUCACAUCGUGGAUGCCCAACCGAACCAAAACUGGAGCUUCCGCAUCCGAACGAGCAACACCGCUGGUUCCAGUCCUUGGUCCCGGACGAUCGUCACAAAAACGCCUACCGCCGGAACGCUAAUAUCUGACAUUAAUAUUGUUUACCAGCGGGAAGUCCCAGUCAUGGUGUGGCGCAGCGUCGAAGGCGUCGAUGAUCUCGUUGCAGGUUACAUCGUGAAGAUCUUCAACGAGCGGCAGCCUCAGUGGGUUCCAUACAAGAAAGAAAUGGCAAGUAUACCGUACGUCGGAUGGCAGCGACCGUACAACCUUCCACUGACCGACCUGCCAGAAGGAACCAAAGCAGAUCUGAAGCCGCUCACCAGUGCCGAGUGGAAUUGCGCUAACGGAUGGUACAAGGUGAAGUACUCAAGCAGCGCCGAACAGGGCUUUCGUAACUACAGUAUGACGGAGAGCAGUGCCACGUUCCCGUCUCCACCGUUCACUAGUUGGACCUUCCAAGUGCAGGCAGUCAACGAAGCCGGCUCUUCGCCGUGGUCGCCAGAGUACACCGGAACGACGGAGGCUGGCCAGUGCGAAGAAGCGCCUCAGCCUGAAGUGACCAGAACUAACUUCGAGCCGUACAUCACCCUCAACUCGUUGUAUCCGAAUUCAAGGUAUAAGUUUACCGUAAUGGCAGAAACCACGAUCCCUGGGGAAAUCGUUUCGAAAGAAAUCAUAACUGAUCAAAGUGUUCCAACAGCAUCACCUCAAGCCUUUCAAGCAACGGAGGUCAGCGACAAGAGAAUUCUGCUUCAGUGGCAAGCGCCGCCGUGUAUCCACACCAACGGCGAGAUCAGCGAUUACGAGUACGAGUUGAUCGGCGUCGACAACUGGGCUACCGGUGACUCGCACAUCCAUCGCACGCCGUACACCCGAGCUGAGAUCAAUGGUUUGAAGCCGUUCACAAACUACAGGGGUCGAGUCAGAGCCUAUACAAGCGCUGGCCCUGGCCCUUGGUCGCCGUACAUCACUAUUCAGACCGAUUCUUCAGCGGAACCGACUGCGCCGCCGUUUGUGCGAGUGAUUGGCACUACUGCAGACAGCGUCGAACUGAUGUGGCAGGGUCCGUAUCCGCCGCAGGGUCAGAUCGAUCAGUUUAAGGUAAAUCACGCGAUUGGUGGGACCGGUCUGUGGUCGGUAAACGAGCAUCCUGCAUAUCAGUUGCACUGCACAAAGAAAGUAGAGGACAGAUGGAAGAGCCAAGUUCCUUACAACGUAUCUUUGUACUGCAUCAAAAUCAGCGGUCUUCAGCCUGAAAAGCUGUAUGACUUUCAGGUCGCCGGCCACAUAUCCGGCAAGAACUGGGGACCAUGGAGUAAUGUUGAAUCGGUUACAACUGGCUUAGGAUCAGUGAAGAUCUUGAAUCUGGUCAAACAAGAUGCCACUGACCGAAGUAUUCAAAUUGGAUGGAACAUCCGCCCUCAGGAUCGGGUGCGAAUACGUGGUUUCCGGAUAAUCGCACAUCCUGUAACGGACCUUACUAAUAUUCGUCACUACACUGUCGACGGGUUGGUUACGCAGUACCGCAUCGACGAUCUGCUCGAAAACACGCUCUACAACAUCUCUAUUCAGAGCAAGACUGAUUCUGCCUAUGAAGAUGGUACUUCGAUUCAGGUUAAAACGGAAGACGCAGAAUUGCCUCAGUUUGAAGUGGCUCCCGUGGUCACUCAGCGUACUUCGGACAGCGUAUCGUUGCAGUGGAUUUCCCCCGUCAACGCGCGCAACAUCGCUGGCUACAACAUCGAGUACAAAGUGGGCAAAGAAGAGGGAUGGAAACAACACGGGUCGAUGGUUGCUCAUGUACCUGGCCAAAACCGGUACUACAGUACGAUUGGCAGACUGCCGCCCUACACUGACAUUUCGCUACGGAUAAUCCCCAUUGACCACAAUCAUCGUCUUGGAACUCCCAGUCAAGAAAUUUCCGACCGUACCUUGUGCGCAGGUUUUAUCAUAAUCAAAAAUGCCUGCAAUGACCCUCGAUAUGGUUAUUUGGCGAGGGCGUGGUGUCAAGCUCCAAGCCUAGCACCCGAAAAUCUUCGGUUCGACACCGUCGAUCAAAACGAAGUGGUUUUGAAAUGGCAGAAGCCGAGCGAAUAUUCAUGGAACUGUGAAAAUGUGAAUUUCGACAUCGCCUACAGAACCAGCACAAAUCCGCAGGAGAAGAUAGUUCAUGCAUAUGGCAAACAGAGCGAAUACGUGUUUCACACGUCUCCUCACACCCAGUGGUACGCGAAGAUGCGAACGACGAACAAAAUCGGUACAAGUUCGUGGUCGAACGAAGUUAGUGUGAUGACAAAAGAAGGAGCACCCGGGCGUGUCGGCGCUCUUACGUUGGUUCCGUUGUCACCGAAUGAGGUGAAAGUUAUGUGGCAACCACCCGUGGAAAAACGCGGCGUGAUCACUGGCUAUGAUGUAUCAUAUCGUCUGAAAUAUCAACUAGCAUGUCCUGACGAGGAACCACAAGGCGUGACCCAAAAUUGGAUCACUGUCUACAACGUAAAGGACAUGGAUUACGUUUUGUCGGGUCUGCUUCCGUUUUCCGAAUACGAUGUCAAAGUUCGAGCACGGACGUCUGAACCAGGAGAGGAGGAAAUGAAUGUCGUCCGAACGCAUCAGCAACCGCCUUCGUCCGCACCAUUGAACUUAAAGACCAGUUUUGUGCUUGAGCGAACUCUUGGGUUCAUUUGGCAGCCGGUACCAUGCAGUGAACGCCACGGAAACAUCGUCGGUUACGAGUAUGAGCUUUCAGGACUGGAUGACUGGGCCAAACUAGACGUACGUAGAGCGAACACCACACAGACCAAGGUUGAAAUCGAAGAUCUUACCCCGUUCACGAAGUACAGUAUGCGCGUAAAAGCGUUCAACAACGUGGGAGGAGGUCCCCCUACGACCGAUGUGGAAGUUAUGACAACGAAAGCAGACGCCCCUCUGCCACCACAGGACCUUUCGGUAAUGUCCGAAGGCAUGGACUUCAUUUCUAUUUCAUGGAUCCCCGCAUAUCCACCGUACGGUCCAGUUGAAUCCUACCGCGUCCGGUAUCAGCAGGUUGGUGCUACGGAUCCAUCGAAGUCCGUUUGGAACAUCGAUGAGCUCCUGGUCUAUGAUCCGCGUUUAAAAUGUCAUCGCGGAGGCUUCCAAGCCGAUUUUGCGCGACUCUGUUUCAACGUGUCACAACUGGAAAGCGGAAAAAGCUACCGUAUACAGGUUGCUGGAAAAAUCAAGGAUGGCAGCUACGGUCCUUGGAGCGUCCACACGAUCGGGAACACGCUGGUUUCCUUGCCAGGUGCGCCUACACUGCUUACGCUUCUCGAGAAGACGGAUACGUCGAUGAAGGUUUCCUGGCACCCACCAGAGGAUCCGAGCCACGUCAUUACUGGUUACAAGGUUACUGCUGAUGUCAUGUCACAAAGACCGAUGGUCAGAAAGCUCACGAAGUCUCUCACCGUUAACUCAUCCACGACUGUACUGCUUCUGGAAAACCUCGAACCGGACACCGCUUACAACGUAACCGUCCAAGCGAUGACCAACCGUGGUUACGGCUCUGGGGUAUGGACCGUUUACAGCACCGAUCCUGCGGUGAUACCCUCCCUGUCUGCGCCUCCAGUCAUUACCGACAGAGAACCGGAUAGUAUAACACUCCAGUGGGACCCGAUCACUUCGUUAAUGCAAAGCCGAGUCGUUGGAUAUCUAUUGGAAUAUAGGAAGUACGACGAAUCCGCAUGGCAAGAGUACAACGGCAUUGUAAAGCACGACAGCAUGAAGAUGAAGUACACUGACCGAGUGACCGGCCUGUCUCCUGAUACACCGUACCUGUUCCGCAUAAAAGUCAUCGAUGUAAAGAACAAUGUUGGUGAACCGAGUCCAAGUGUCGAUGGUCGAACGUCAUGCAGAGCUCCAACAAUUCCGCCGUCGAACAUAGGAAUCAAUGCCUUGUCCCCUACGCAAAUUCGAGUCACCUGGCAACCACCUCCAUCAAGUUCUUGGCUCUGUUCAUCCUUGUCUUAUGUGCUGAGGUACCGCAAUUGCAAAAGCGUGGACGUAAACGACGUAGAGGUUAUGAGUCCGUCGAACGAGCACACGGUUACCUCGCCUCCGUACUGCAAAUGGUCCGUUCAAGUGAAGUCGGUGAAUUCAGCCGGAAGUUCAGACUGGAGUGAGGCGGUAUCGAUUGUGACGCCUGAGUCGGCGCCCAGCGAAGUCCGGAACGUGACCGGUGAGGCGUAUGGUUCUGACCAGAUAAAGGUGACCUGGAGGCAACCGUCUGACCCCAACGGCGCCAUCACCGGUUAUACCGUGUCCUACCGAUUGAAGGCAAAGGAUUUCUGCCCGUCGCAGACGCAGAAACAGCGUGAGCAGUUCGUCGUAGGCGAAAGCGUGCUUUUAGAAGGCUUAGAGCCGGCGUCGACCUACGAGAUCGUCGUUCGGGCGAAAACGACGACGGACGGUGCCGAGAGCAUUCCGAUCUAUGUGACCACUAGCGAAGCAGUUCCGACCGGUUCACCGCAGAACAUCAGAGUGCACAGCACGGACAAGACGUCAGCGACGUUCGUGUGGGACGAGCCGAGUUGCGAGCACAAGAACGGGCAGAUCAAUCUAUACGAGUACGUGGUAAAUUCGCUCGACCCCUGGGUGAGGGACGAGAUGAAAGGCCAUUCGUCGACCAACAGAAUCGAGCUGAAUGACCUGGUGCCGUUCACGCGAUACGCUCUGAGGCUUAGGGCGCUGAACUCCAAAGGAGCUGGACCGCUGUCAAGCCCCGUCGUAGCCACGACGAAAUCUGCAGGUAAGACAUAAAA